UAACUUUUUCAACUUGUUGAUUCUUCAACGCAGUAGUUGCGCCUACCAAUACCAUGCAUGCUUGAAAGCACUCAUAUUUAUACAGUUAUAAAGGAGCUAAUUCUUCAUCUAAGCCAAGUAAACGAGAGAAAAGAAAACAAAAAAAAAUUGGUGUCUUGUUCAAAAUUCCAGAAUUCAAGGACACAAAGUGCAGGUUAUUAUAGUUUGUUCUAAGAACACUACAAUUUACUAAGCAGUGAUGGCUGGUAGGAACCAACAGCACCCAACAAUGGUGCAAAAGUUUCCUGUUAUGCAGCAUCAGCAACAAUUUCCAUAUGGAACCUACUCAAAUGGUGGUUUAAAGUAUGCUAUGAUGGCAGCAUCAUGCAAAGCAAGUUCCUCAAGUGAUGUGCAUUCUGCAGGUUCAGCUGUGUUUGUCCAAUCUCCAUCAGAGAAAAGCUUUGCAACUUUUGCCACUAAUUUUCUCAUGGGAGGAGUGUCUGCUGCAGUUUCCAAGACUGCAGUAGCGCCGCUUGAGCGCGCAAAGCUUCUACUUCAAAACCAAGAUGAGAUGAUCAAGGCUGGCAGGCUCUCCGAACCCUACAAAGGGAUCGGAGACUGCUUUGCCAGAUCGAUCCGAGACGAAGGGAUCACUUCACUCUGGAGAGGGAACACUGUUAAUGUUAUCCGUUACUUCCCAACACAGGCCUUGAACUUUGCAUUUAAAGACUACUUUAAGGGACUAUUCAACUUCAAUAAGGACAGAGAUGGGUACUGGAAGUGGUUUGGAGGUAACUUGUUAUCCGGGAGCGCUGCCGGAGCUUCGUCGUCAGUGUUUAUUUAUUCGCUGGAUUAUGCUAGAACUCGGCUUACCAAUGAUGCCAAGGCUGGUGGACAGAGGCAGUUCAAUGGUUUGGUGGAUGUUUACAGGAAGACCAUUAAAUCUGAUGGCAUUGCUGGCCUCUACCGUGGCUUCAACAUUUCUCUUGCCGGAAUCAUUGUCUACCGGGGUUUGUACUUUGGAAUUUAUGAUUCUGUUAAGCCUGUAAUCUUGGUAGGAUCAUUGCAGGAUAGUUUCAUGGCAAGUUUUGCUCUGGGAUGGGUUGUUACAAAUGUUGCAGCAUUUGCCUCCUAUCCAAUAGACACUGUCCGUAGAAGGAUGAUGAUGACAUCAGGAGAAGCCAUCAAGUAUAAGAGCUCCAUAGAUGCAUUCUCCCAAAUUCUGAAGAAGGAAGGUUCAAAAUCACUCUUCAAAGGUGCCGGUGCUAACAUCCUUCGCGCCAUGGCUAGCGCCGGCGUCCUUGCCGGCUAUGACAAACUUCAGAUCCUUCUCCUGGGAAAGAAGUAUAGUUCUGGAGGCUCUUAGAAUUCAUUAUUGUUCUCUACAACAAAAGAUGGUGACGAAAAUUAAGUAAAACAACCAAUUACUCAAUUCUUAUUAGGAUUUGUUUGUGUCAACUUUUAAUAAGUCAUUUUGCUUGGCAUUGGUUUAAAUAACCAAUUACUUCUUAAAUGGAAUACAAUUUUCAUUACGGAUCAAUGUCUAUAUUGUUA